AUGGAUCUGUCUCUGUCGUUUUGGCUCAUGCUGGGCUGGCAUCUUGUCAGACGGGUCCUACGUCUCUAUGGAUACAUGCGAAUGAAACCAAUUCCCGUACCAGAGAACCCUCAGAUGCGAUCGGAUUGUGUCAGCGUGAUAAUACCCACCAUUGGCGCACCCGUAGAACUCAUACCUCGGCUCCACGCAAUGCUGGACAACCACCCCAAGGAGAUUAUCAUUGUCACAACAGCAGCUUUAAUCGGAGAAUUGAAAGAAGUCCUCCAAAAAUUCGUUCCGAAGGAGCAAAUGCGCAAAAUUCAGGUUCUCGACAUUCUGUUACCCAAUAAACGAAACCAGCUCGCUCGCGGUAUACAAGUAGCCACAGGGGAGAUCAUCGUGUUGGCGGACGAUGACGUUUACUGGAGCAAGGACCUUUUACGACAAGUGCUUGGCGUCUUGGAAUUGGAGCCCAAAGUUGGUGGCGUCACAACGCUGAUAGCAGCACACGGCUUGGAUGCUCGAGAUCCAGAAUCGAUCACGGUGUGGGAAGCUCUUGAGUCUCGACGCAUGAGCAUGCGCAAUAUCGACAUUGCAGCCUCCAGCUGGCUGGAUGGUAGUCAAACAGUUCUUACUGGACGGACUGCAGCUUAUCGAGCCCGUAUCCUAAAAGACCCAGAGUAUCUAUCUGCUUUUACAAACGAGCACUGGCUUGGGAGAUAUCGCAUGCAUUGCGGCGAUGACCAAUUCGCUACCCGCUGGCUGUUGAAUCACGGUUGGGAAGGUCGUAUCCAGACAGGAGCUACGAUCCAUAGCGAGGCCCUCUGCGACAGCCGGCAUAUCAAACAGACCCUACGAUGGGCAAGAAAUGGGAAGAUCUCGAGUGCGAAGCGGAUUUUCUCGAAACGCAUGUGGAAAGAAUACCCAUGGCUAUCAUUACUCACAGCUCAAACCGUUGUCGCCAUGAUAAUUCAAACAUGGCGUCUCUCAUUUCUGGUGUAUAUUUUCUCUGACCCAUGGCUUCUAAUUGAAAGGCUCUUUCGCCCAAGAAUAACGUUUUUGCUCGGGUUCUACAUACCAGUGUUUCUUGAACAUAUUGCAUAUGGAAUGGCUCACAGAUGGUAUCUCAGGCAUUUAGGGGCCCAGAUCGUGAAGGAUUUCUUUCAGCACUAUUUUGUUACUUUCUAUACAACGGUAACUCUUCAUGCAAACCAAUGGGGCUCCCGGGACGUUGAUUGA